AUGACUGCCUUCAGCACCGCCGACGCCAGCGGCCUGUUUGUGGCAAGUGUGAUUGUGAAAAAGGCCCGCAACGAGGUCCAGAUCCGUGUUUUCCCGGGCGAAAACGGCCAGGUCUCCGAUGAGUUGGUCCAGAGAUUCGACCUCGAUGCCCUGGCAGAAAUCACCAGUGUUUCGUGGUUCAACGACGUGGAGGCGGGGACCAAGAAGAAGCUGAAAAAGAGACAGGCGGAGUCGAACGGUCUGCUGGAAAAAGACGUUGCCUCGGGCCCCCAGGGCCUCUUGGCCGUGGUGCUCGAUUCUUCAGAAGUCUUGGUGCUUUCUCCUUACUCAGAAACGCCGUUGCACAGAAUCACAGAAUUGAAAAAAGUACAGCUUGUGGCCGGUUCCAGAACCCCAGGCUCCUUCUGGGCCCACCUCCCCAGCGCCCUCAUAGAAUACAGCAUCUCCUCGCAAAGCAUAUCCACCUCCAUCAAGGUGCCCAAAUCCACAUACACUUGCAUCCAGCACCUUGCUGGUUCCCGAGAGCUUGUUGCUCUUGGCGGCCUGGCUGUGAAUUUCUACGAUCCUGUCAAAAAGACGCUUUCUGGGAAGAUCCAGACUGAGGGCACCGUCUCAGCACUUCAACAGGCUGGUCUGUACUUAUACGUGGCCACAGAAGCCAGCAACAGCGUGGAAGUGUACGAUUUGAGCAAAAAUAACGAACACAUCGGCACCCUUGAAAGCGCUGGAGAAAUCGCCAAAAUCAACAGAAUCAGCGAAAACCAGGUUGCGGUGGUUUCCGCCAACGUCACCGAAAUAUACACCGGCGUGGAGCUCACCUCCACCGUGCACGGUGCUGUGGAAAACCUCUUUUCCCAAAAAUCGGCCUACGUGGCCGUCUUGUACGAUAGAAACCAGCCCGAGUUUGAGGCCAUCACGGAACUCAACAAGGACAUUCAAAUCCAGGCCAAACAAAAGAAGAAGAAGACCAAAAAGGAAGCCUCGCCUGACGUCACUCUAGAUAGCGUCCGCCCCGUUGAAAUCGACAAUCUCCCACCGCUGGAGCUCUACAGCAGUCUUUCUGCGCUCUUGACUGCUAAAAAAGUGCUGAAGACCAAGGUGGUGCGUCUUUGUUCCAGCAACGACGACGAGGAAAGCAUAAAAGAGACAUUCAGGCUUUUUUCGCAAAGCGACGACAGAGAGGUGCUUGUGAAGAAUUUGUUCAGCAUCGUCAGCACCAAAGUGGCAUCGGACCCUCUGAGCAAAAGCCUGCUUUCCCUCUGGCUCAAGUGGAUUUUGCUCACCCACGGCGGCUACAUUCUGAAGCAGGACCUGCUACGGGACAAUCUCAAGAAGCUCCAGCGCAGCUUCGAGGACGGCAUGACGAUGAUGCUGAGGUUAUUGGCGCUUCAGGGCCGUUUGCACUUGCUCAAAUCGCAUGCUGAAUUCAGGACCCAGGUUGCUGAGGCGGAGGUUUCUGAAGACGGCAGUGACGACGAGUUUGACGCUGACGACGACGCCGCCGAGUCCAACGUGGAGGAGCUGAUUGUGUAUGCCAACGGAGAGAACGACGACUUUGACAGCGUUGAUAAUAUCGAGGAGAGCUUUGCCGAGGGCUCCGAGGACGAGUUCGUCAGUUUUGACGAGGAAUAG